UGUAUAAGACUACCCCCUGUUUUAAUUUUCUAUUUUAAGCCUCGUCUUAAGUGUGAGAAUAUACAAAUUCAUAAAAUUGUUACCAUAACUAAAUUAUUAUUUUGUAUCCUACAGGUGAAUGAACUGGAGUACUCCUUAAAGCAAGCAGAGGAUGAGAAAGAGCUUCUGGAAUUCCAACUACUGGAGACAUCUGAAGGAGAUGACAUCAUUGAGACAGGCUCACCAAGAGCAAGCACGCCAAGAAUAAUGAUUACUCACCAUUUAAGCACAGAUGGAGCUGGACUCCAGUAUGCUUGUACUCUAGACAGUUUUGAU